AUGCUCCGGGACCUUGCCACCUUCCAGCCAGCCCUCACCAUUACCACGCACUGGCAGCAACCCGCAGCCAGCCUACCACGGCGUCCCAAUGACCGCCCUAUCUGGGCUUACCUCACCCCAACCCUGGGCACGACCCUCAUAUCCAUCAACAGACUACAUACAACAAAGGUCCGCUGGGUGGGAGACAUUACCAAUGACAAGGGCACCAUGCUACUUAGCCUUGAGUCUCUCCGCACCAAAUUUGGGUGGUCUAGGCACACGCUCCAACGGUUUGCUCCCAUCUGGGACGCCAUCCCCACAGCUGUGCCACCCAACCCCCCACCGGCCCUUCGGCAACAAACACUACCGUGGGCCCCCCGCUCCGCCGGCCAACCACUACCUCUCCCACUGGCACCACCGCUCCGUUCCCCCUACCAUACCUUGCCCACCCUCUUGGCCGCACCUUCUUUGAUGAACAACCCCCCACCCGCAGCUACCGCAUCGGGCAGCGCAAUAGUAUCCAAACCCGGCAAUCACCCGCGGGCACAGAGAUUGCCGUCACCUUCUGGCACGAACUCCGCAAAGGCUCAGACAUCUGAUACUCCCCAACACCGCGUGAAGCGCGCGGCCGCCACAGACUGCCGAGCCCAACGCCACAAGUUUAUUCCCUGGACCGACACGUCAUGGACCGACGCACGUACCCAUAUCACCCACAGCGGGGAAAAUAACCGCUCCCUCAUUGUCUCCACCGCGGGAGGCACCACCCACCGGACCCAGCGCCCUACAGGGCACCAGCCGGCCCAGCAGGCAACGCCGGCAUGUACCGCAUGCCACCGCCUAGCGGACACUACGUUAUGUCCCGACUGUGGCCAAUGGCAUCACUCGGCAUGCAUCCCACACUGUCAAGUUGUCCCACAUCACACUACCCCGACGUACGGCCUACACACCCUCCCCCUACGGGCUGCGCGCGCUUAUGCUGUGGGUGAUGGCAGCGUCACACACCAGGGUACUCCAGCCACACAUGGAACAUGGAGCUACAUGGGCCGCGACGGAACCACCCUCGCGGGGACCUUACAAGUUCACGCUAACCACAUCACACCCACGCGUUGCGAAGUACAUAGCCUCCUGGUGGGCCUCCAUCAUUCUGGAGAUGCUGCACUACAAAUAUGCGACAACACAAAAGCCAUUGGACUAGUCGUCCUAGCCAGAUCCCUCAAACGCCGCGGCGACUGGAUCCGCUCUCACCAGGACCCCGCGGACACGCCCGACCCAAUCCUCCGAGCCAAGCGCACACUCCUCGCCGAGGCGGACUCCCUCGCCACCCUAGCACACCAGCUCCUCCCCCUUACGAACUAUGCGCACCUCAUUAUCCCGGACUACUGGGAGCUUCGAGACGACCACGACAGGCCGAUUACGGGCGCAACGGCCCCAUGGCUGGGCGCAAUCUACGGCCGAAGAGAUUGGCCCAAGGCCCAAGCCCGGAAGCCGGACACCCGCCAGACCAUCCAGCCCCUACGCAUCCCCACAGGGGACAUCUGUAAAUGGGACCUCCCUGCGCUCACUUUCUACUGGCGAACACCGCUUUAG